CACAUUGUCUUGAAACUCGUUAGAGACACAAAGUGAUUGUACGAGGAGGAAUUGUAAAAAUCACGACAUUGCGGUAAAUACAAAACAAACUAUGGAUCAACAGGAACAAGAAUCGCAACUUGACAACCUCCCAUGUUUUGAUACAUUGUUCGAAUGCGAAUCAUAUAACUUGAGAACUCAGAGAAAGAAGAAAGAUAUACCUUCCAAUGUAACAGGUAUUACCAAGAAAAAGAUUACAAGGAGGCAAUACCGAAAAAAAAUACCUGUAAUUGAACAAGAAAUCAAUAUAACAAAAUGUCAGCAAUCGUGCAUACAAAAAGCAGGUGCAGAUGAUGUUACACAAUAUUCUCAACCACUUUCAUCACCCGAGCUCUAUAAGCUAUGUUAUAUACUAUGUGAACGUGCAAAGAUGCAAGCAUCUCGUAAACUACAUACAUUUAACAGUCCAUCUACAGAUCAUUUCAAUUUCAAAAAUCAGAACAAUCUCAUAAAUCAUUUGAAUGCACAGUCAAUGACUAUGGGCUUUUUAAAUAAUGUGGAAAUAAAUGUUCAACCAAACAAAGAUUUAACAACCAAUAAUGGAAACGAGUCAAGGUCUUUCGGACAUGAGAGUCUAAAUAAUACAUUUAUUAAUAAUAAUGUUCAGUGUAGCUCAAAUGUAGUUUCACCACACAGUAACACAGAUAACAGUAGAAUGAAAAACAUGUAUCAAGAAAGUCAUGGAAAUUUUAGCUACAGUGAAAAUACUCAGUUUCAAGUUCCGAACAAUACACAGAACAAUGUUUAUUUCAACCAUGUUAAUCAUGCUAUAACUCAAAGGAACCAAAUACAUGAGGGUAUAAAUGAUAAACAUAUCUUCCCUGUGCAAUAUGAGUCUUCCAAUUUAAGCGUUUCUGGUUCAUUGUUUAACAAUCAAGAUAUCGCUUUUGGGCACGGUACAGAAAAUAUUUUAGACUUUCCUGCAGUAAAUACAUAUUUGGAUGACAUUACGAAUGCAUUUAUAAACACUCAAUAUCGUCCUGCAAAUAGUUACAGCGAUAGGUCUUUACAAUAUACUGACCCAAUAACAAAGUUUAAUGGACAUGUAGCGGACAACAAUAUAAGCAUGAAUACAGAAAAUUAUCCAUUAAAUGGGUUAAAUAUUUCACAUCCAACAUCGUUUAACACAGUUAAUACUGUAAAUAAUAUGCAUGACUUUUGGAUGGGAUCAGCUAAAGGAAACCAAUAUGCAGUCAGGAACAAUAACCUUAAUCCUGGAUGUUCAAUCUUAUCAUCUUGGAAUAAUUCUCCAUCUGUUUAUAAUCCUAUUGUAAACACUCAAAAUGUACUUUUAGGAGAUGAUGAUAUACAUUCGUCCCUGCCAAGAUUUGAUAGGAUGGAUUUGCCAACUAUACACAAUUCAAAUUGCAUUGGAAGUAAUAUUUUACCAUGGUAUCAAAAUGCCGUUCCACCUGAAGAUUAUGAAAACACACACCCUGUGUUUAAUACAAAUUUACCUCUGGGAGAAGUAAACGAUACAAAAUCUAAUCUCAGUGUUUUGUCCACUGAAAACAGUACAAAAAUUAAUACUUUUAACGAGCAACCUUCUAAUGCGUUACAACAUUUUGAAACAAAUAGUUCAAUUCUACCGACUAAUACAUAUACGCACAGUAGCAUAAGCAGUACUAAUUCGUAUUUAACUCAAAACUCUUUUGAUCGUAUAAUGCAAUCUUGGUUGCCAGAUCCAUCACAUUCUAAUAAUUAUGCAUUAUCUUCACAAAAUAAUUAUAAUCUAAGCCAAAAUUCCGUAAAUGUAGAGUACCAAAAAGAUACUUCCAAAUAUGAACAACCGGAUUCUCCUGAUUGUAUAAUAAUCGAAGAUAUUUCAAGCAAUGGCCCAAUAGUACAAAAUGAUAAAGAGAAAUACAAUAAUAUCAAUUCUUUAUCAAAUCAACAUGGACUUGAUUAUCAAAGUUAUUAUUAAUAACAUUAAAAAACGUUCAUGCCUGUUAUAAAAAAUGCAGAGCUUUUAUGUACUUCUAGAGUUAUCUGUCAGCAAACCAUGCAAAAUGACAACCUUACUGCAUUUCAUGGAUCAAAAUAAUUUUUAUAUUCUAAGUUACACAUUUUGUGCGUCAUUAUUAUUACACAAACAUUAUUACUAUGUAUGUUUCAUAAGGAGAAAGUGUAAGAAAUAAGACUGUUUUAUGUAUGUGUAUACAUAAUCACGCUUAAAUCAUUCUGUGAUGUCUUGUGGCUUUGUAUAACAAUUGACAUGUGCUAUACAGUUCUGUAAAACAUUAUAUUAUAAAUAUAAUAUUAUAUUUUUAUACAGUGCGUACCAUAAGAAGCAAUACAGUAUCAUUCAGAUGUUUAACUAAUGUUAUAACUAAAGAUUAUUUUGUUUAAAUAGUGCUGUAUCAAUGUAUAGAUAUAGGGAACCAAAGUCAGGGGAAAAAGUAUGUUUUAUGUUUUGAUAUAACGACCCAUCCUGUUGCAUUAUUGUUUUCACAAAUAUAUGUUUUGUUAAGAUAAUGUAUUACUUAUGGCUACAUAUAUCUUUUUAUCGUUUAAUUUUAAGGUUUAUAACUUGUAUUCGUAUGAGAAAGAAACAAAUACUAGCAAUACACUGUGUUAGGAAAAUUAAUAAAUGCUAAUAUAUCACGUAUUAUUUAUUUGAACAUUAUUUUUUCAACUAAUAUUCUUUACUUGACUGUUGUCUUACUAGUUGGAUCCAAUAAAAUCUAGAGUAAAGGAAAAUAAAUAUGUCAAAAAGGUAUAAUCAAUAUAUUAAGGCAGACGGAAUUCAUCAUACGUAAUUCAAUUUAUGUAAGAAAUAUAAUUAGAUCUCAAUAUGUACAAGUUAUGAAUGCCAAACAUAGGGAGUACAAUGAAUCUUACAUUAUUGAAUCAUUUAGUACCUCAUCCUUUGCACUGUUUCUUAAAUAGCAAUAAAGUAAGAAAAUUACAAGCUUAAUCUGUCAAUUACUCAUUAUCACGAUAAAUCGUAAAAUUAA